AUUUCCAAACUUAAAAUCACUUAAAACCCAAUUUCCCUUAUCCAUUAAAGUCAUUAAGCUCAUGAAAGAUGGAACCACUUGCCCCAUUUUUUCUCUCAUUACACUUAUCUUUUCUUCACCGCUACACCACACAACAGAAAAUAUAAAGUGAGGGGGAGUGACUCACUCCUACAGUCCUACUCUCUCUCUCUCUCUCUCUCUUUUACUUUUUCUUAAGGUGGGGAGUGACCGUGGGUGGAGUAGGAGAAAAGGGUACUAACGAGGAUCAGAGAAGCCAUGAAUCAUCACCAGCACCACCAUAAACCACAGAGACCUCCAUCAGGGCGGACGAAUCUCGCAUCAUGUAUAGUGGCAACGAUCUUCUUGAUCUGCGUGGUCAUGGUGAUCCUCAUCGUCUUCUUUACCGUGUUCAAGCCCAAGGAACCCAUGAUCUCUGUCAACACCGUUCAGCUCCCAACCUUCUCCAUGUCCAACGGCACCGUCAACUUCAUCUUCUCUCAGUACGUGUCUGUAAGGAACCCCAACCGUGCCGUCUUCACCCACUACGACAGCUCCCUUCAGCUACUCUACUCUGAUAACCAAGUGGGUUUCAUGUUCAUCCCCGCCGGCGACAUCGACGCUGGCCGCACUAAGUACAUGUCUGCCACCUUCUCUGUUCAAUCUUUCCCUCUAACCACGGCAGCUCCGGCUUCGACGACGGUGGAGAAUGUGGAGCAGAACCCGACGACCAUCACCAACGGCUUCGAUGGGUUCAAGAUGGGACCCACUUUGGAGAUUGAGUCGAUGAUGAGAAUGGCUGGUAGGGUAAGGGUUCUGCGCUUCUUCACCCAUCAUGUGGAGACCAGGUCUGGUUGUAGGGUCACCAUUGCCGUCAGUGAUGGAUCCGUUCUGGGGUUUCAUUGCUGACCUUUUCUUCUUCUCCUCCUUUCUCUCUGUUUUGAUUUUCGUGUUAAUGAUUUGGGUCUUCAAUUUGAAUUUGAAUCCCCAAUUCGUUGGAGACAACUUUGGAGUGAAGGAAUUGUAAAAAUUGAACAGCAAAAAACAAAAAAGGGAUUUGGUUUUUGUAUU